GACGAACACAUCGAUUUGUGGCUAGAUAUCUCUGCGAUUGCAAAUAAAAACACCAGCAUCCAGCCACGUACCUCGGGCGGAUACCACCUCUUCCCCCAAACGAAUGCCUCCACGCCUUAAUCCUCCCGAGCUCAAAACCACACUGUCUGUUGUGCUAACUCUUCCAUAUCUCCAACAAAACCACUUCAGUUGUCGACCUCGCUCCGACUUAUCUCCAAGAACAGAGCUCUGAGAUAUCGUCCAAGCGGGAGCGCCCUCUCCUUGAACCUUCAUGACCCUCAGAAGAAGACACACAUCACUUUCAACGCCGCUCCCUUGCUCUUGGAGAAACCUCCCUGGCGCUUUAGGGUUUCGUCUCCGGGCGGCAGAUAUAGCAAGUGAGUGGCUUUUGGCACUUCCCCGUGACCUUCAAGUAGUGCGACUUCAGAUCAUCGCCCUCGCACGCUUCCCGGUUUCUGCGUUUCUUCGCCUUGUCGCACCUCCCGGUGCCUUGGUACCGGUACUGUCCGCAUUCCCACUCGUAAUAAUAGUUGGUGCACAUUUUGGCGUGAGCUGCUUUGGAUCGCUGUGUGUGUGUGUGUGUGUGUGUGUGUGUGUGUGUGUGUGUGUGUCUAUCUGUCUGUGUAUCUGUCUGUCUGUGUGUGUGCGUGUCUGUCUGUGUGUGGGUGUGUCUGUCUGUCUGUCUGUGUGUUUGUGUGUGCAAGGCUGCAGGCGGGACCUCGUGGUUUUGGUUUGCUCUCGAGGCUCGUGAGACUGGGCUAUGGUGUAGUAGAUCUCUGCUAGGCGUUGAUAGUCUAGGAUGUUACAGGAGAAGAAGAAAGGUGUAUUUUUAUAUACCCGACGAGCGUGCGGCUUGUGGCCCCUGGCUGGUGUUGACUCGGCCCUAGGCUUUCGCGAGGUGGUUUGACA